AGAGGGGGAAUCGAAAAAGAUACUAAGGGACCAACUGAGGCGGACUUUAACUUCAAAUCAUGCUACAACCGAAACAUCAUCUACAAAUCGUGGUACCGCCCGUUGGCUUCCAGACUCUCGGCGAUCUUUUAACUCGAAACUCAGUCCAAGGGAGUACUUUAUACUUACUGACGCUGGUAAGCCAGUAUACAUUAGGUCAGCCGUGGAACAGACACCGACGACAUAGACGUCUCAUCCAUGCUUGGUGUAAUGCAGGCUUUGAUCUCCGUCUUCAUCGACGAUGGCGACAAGCUAAAGUCGAUCAAUGCUGGGAAGACGAGGAUCACUUUCCUUCAGCGACAGCCGCUGUAUUAUGCUUGUGUCUCCACAUGGGGUGAACCAGAGAGCGUGGCUCGCUCGCAGCUAGAGUAUCUCCAUCUGCAGAUCCUUAGCGUCGUUACCUCUGUACAACUAAAGAGGAUAUUUGAACGCAGAGGGAACUUCGAUCUGAGGAGACUAUUGGGUGGCGCGGAUACUUUCUUGACUACUAUGAUUGCUCGUUUGCAACUUGAUCUCGCUAUAUCCAUGUCUGCACUACGCUGUCUCCGGCUUGAUCCUUUCCUGCGCAACAAGUUAGCGCAGGCUUUGGUUCCAUCCGGAAAAUUCACCAAGGAUAUACUCUAUAUCAUUCUCGUCACCCAAGGUGAAAUCAUCACAAUUGUACGACCGAAAAAACAUUCAGUUCAUCCAGCAGACAUUCAUAUCCUCUUAACAACCCUUGCUUCCCCAUCCAUAUCUAACUCCCCUGCAGCGGCUAUGUGGGUGCCAUUAUGCCUUCCAAAAUGGAAUGAAGGAAGGAUGGUCAAUGCAUAUGUUGUCAAUAUUCCGUAUAUGCUUGGCGGGAAUUCAAAUUCAAGCGGAUUAGAAGGAACUUCCGGGUCAUCUUCACUUGCAUCUAAUCCUAUCGUGCAACGCCAGGAUGAUCUAAUUUUACCUAACAUCGCAAACAAUGAUAGCGUCGUAUCAACCGAAGCGAUCUCGGUCAAUAGAAAGAGGGAAACUCAAUCUCUUACAUCUCGCUCAAUCACACUUGUCUGCAUCAGUGGUGGGAGCGAUUUCGAUUCCGUUAGAGCAUGGUGUGAUGAAGCUGUGGAAAAGUUAUCUGCUUCCUUGCCUUCUUCGUCUUCAUCCGUUUCUACCUCGAAUUCAUCAUCAAUGUUAUCGCCGUCACUGUCAAAGGCGACGGCACCAGGAACCACGUUGAGUGCGUCUAGCUCUCCUGCCAAUCACACUUCGUCAUCGUCAUUCCAUCAUCUCCGCACGCACAUCUCCCAUUCAUCGUACGCCAUAUCGGAGCUCGGCAUACCUGGUUUGAGACAUUUUGUCUAUAAAGCUAGGGGAUUGGUGCAAGUUACGUAUCCUGUUUGGGAGGAAGAUGAAAUGUAUAUGGCCAGGAAUACAGGUGGAGACAUAAAUGAUAAGGGGAAGGUAGGCGAGAAAAAUGAAGGAGAGACAGACGAAAAAAAGCGAAUUAUUACGUUGUAUCAGCUCGUUCAUGAUGCGAUUCAUGCCAAAGGAAUGUCAAAUCCAGGUAAAGGGGAGGUGAGGGAGGGUUUGAAAUUGCAGUAUUUGAGGACUGAGACUGAGGCUGUUCUAGGAUGGAUAACCCAGCCCUUUGAGUUAUACCUCACAUUGUCCCCGCUACUACCCAAAAGUGCCGCAGUUGGAGCUGCUAACGCAGUUGCACGGUGGGUGAAGAAGGAGGAGGGCAAGUUGUUUUUGAAGGAUGCGCCGGUGUUCUAAACGUCGAUGUAGCCAGGAUAAGGUACUUAGAAUAAUUCAGAUUCCUCAAACUCCGAUAAAGUAUAAAUCUUAGUGUUCUUGAUUGAGUGCGGCAUUAUAGUCUUC